GCGAUUCAAGAAGGUGGGGACUUCCACUCCCUUAGCACUCCACGAUUCAGCGUUGCAAGGAUGGAUGUCUUAGACACCUUCUUGGCUCUUUUCUGGAUUCUGUUCCUUGCAGGGCGGCUGCUGGGAGCUGUAGAUCCACCUCCAUCCCAUCCGAGCCUAUCAAUCCACCCGCCAUACAACAGCUUUCUCCUAGAACAGUGUUUCUCACUGACUUGUUCACCUCCCCAAAAUCAAACAGUAUAUUACUUUCAUGAGACUACAACUGAUGGAGCAUGGGUCCUCAUGAAAACUCAGUCUGGAAAUACCUUGAAAGUCUGCAUUAGACAUCUAGAAACGGAGAAAAAAUAUGCAUGUCACUACAUGGAGGGAAACAAUGGAGGACUACAGAACAAAUCUUCUUCACUCAGCAAUGAGAUUACGAUCUCCAUCCUUGAUCGCCUACCUGCUCCAAUCCUUUCUCUAGAUCCCCACCAGCCGGUUUACAACCCAGGGCAGCAAGUGAGGCUGAUCUGUUCUGCUUCUGAAUGGCCACAAUUAGCAGAAUAUCAAGUUCAUUACAAAGAUCUUCAGUAUGAAACCGAAUUUCGGAAAAUCUACGUGACCAGUGAAAAUAUGAGGCAACAUAAUAUGGUUGUCGAAAAAGACACUGCUGGAGAGUAUAGAUGUCAAUACUGGAUCAUUCUGUCAGGACGGAAGAUCUUUUCCCCAUGGAGCAAGUUAGCCUCAGUGGCCAUGACAGAUCCCCCACCUGCUCCAAUCCUUGAUCUAGAUCCCCAGCAGCCUGUUUACGUCCACGGGGAACCGGUGAGACUGAUCUGUUCUGCUCCUGAAGGGCUGGAAGUAGCAGGAUACACAUUUUAUUCUGGAAGGUUGCAAGAUUUCAGGGAUGUUAAGGAAAUCAACAGGACCUGUGCAAAAACUGGGCAAUAUCAACUCAUAGUUGAAGAAAGAACCGCUGGUGAAUACAGUUGUCUGUCCUGGACGGUGGUGUCAGGGCGGGAGAUCCUUUCCCCAUGGAGCAACUCAGUCUCAGUGGCCGUGACAGAUCCCCCACCUGCUCCAACCCUUGUUCUAGAUCCCCAGCAGCCUGUUUACGUCCACGGGGAACCGGUGAGACUGAUCUGUUCUGCUCCUGAAGGGCUGGAAGUAGCAGGAUACACAUUUUAUUCUGGAAGGCUACAAGAUGUCAAGGAUGUUAAGGAAAUGAAUGGGACCAAUGCAAAAACUGGGCAAUAUCAACUCAUAGUUGAAGAAAGAACCGCUGGUGAAUACAGUUGUCUGUCCUGGACGGUGGUGUCAGGACGGGAGAUCCUUUCCCCAUGGAGCAACUCAGUCUCAGUGGCCAGGGCAG